AUUUGCCCAUCAACAUGGCAGAGGUGACGCAGCGACUAGCUGCUUGCGCCGACGAUCUCGCCGUCGUGACGGAGUUACGGUCCGUUCUGGCUGGUCUAGCAAGUACACAGGACCGUCGAGCUGUUGUGGACGAGACCGUGUCAUUCCUGACGGCGUCAGAGGAGCGCUGUGCCCGCGCAACGAAGGCGCUUAUUUCGGAUUUAAGCGAAAAAACUUUGGAACGCGAGGUGCAGUUGGAGCUGCUGGACGCACUACUCGUCUGGGCGACACAGAAAUCGGUGGACGAAAACCACGAGGUAUUAGAGAUACUGCUACCAUUUUUCCAGCUCGCAGUGACGAGUCUGGGUGAUGCUGGAGGUGGGAAACGAUGGCUCAAGUGGGGGGACCAGGUGCUGGCUGUGGUGCACCAGAAUGCGGCGUUAAUAGAGAAGCAGGAGUCUCUGGAAACGGGAGAAGAAACAAAUGAAAGCUCUGAACGAUGGAGUCGCUAUGUGGUAAAAAUUGCGGCCUUAUUAUUGCAAUUACGCAAUAAAAUGGAGGGAAAUGACGAUACUGCGCUGGAGUUAAAGACGGCAACUUUUGUGUGGAAGAAUGUAGCCAAGUUGGCGACUGCUUUUGGUCCGACUCUGGCAAGCUCAGUAUCGAGUGACCCGAGCGAGUCAAUCAAAGAUAAAGAUGCUGAAAUGGAUGCAGAGAAAUUCGGUGUGGAUGAGCUCUUGGCUGCUGCAGUGGCGUCUGUCGAGCGAAGUGUUGGGCAGUUGCUGUGUGUCUUGGAUGGAGACACUACUGGCAAUCCAGAUCUCAGUGUGUUGAAGUUUCUGAAGCUUUACUGGCGGGCACUCCAACGACUGAUUACCGCAUUUGCAGACAGUUUAGAGUGCGAGCUGGAGAAUUGCGUCCUAGCAAUUGUGAAUGUGACUGCGAGUCUGCUUUAUGCUGUUCGACACAGUUUAGUGCCGAUGACGUCGAAACCAGGACAAGAGCUGCGAGACAUGCUUGGCCAAGCACUAGAAAUGACUGAGAAAUUGGCAGAUGGUGGCGUAAAUGACCAAACAAAGGACAGUAUCCGCACCUUGUUGUGGUAUCCUACCACUGAUAUGGUACGCGCGGUGGGGCAACGUCAACCGUCGGAGAUCACGAACGUUGAUGUGGAGAAUUCGAUCCAAUGGGGACAUUUACUCGUACUUACAGCAUUUGCAGGCUUGAGCGGGGAUAAGCUAUCGAGUACUGAGGUAUCGUACGAUGACUCUAUUCGAGCUGUGGAAGUCUCGCAGUUGUUUGCUCGUUAUCGGGAGUGUGCGCUGAGUGACACCAUCUCCCGCUCAGUAGAAGCGACGCAGCUGUUUACAGAUUUGAUGCUAGAAUUCCUCUCUGGUUUUGAAAACAUCGCGGAACUACAACUAACUCUGCUGAAACAAACGCUGUAUCCGGACUGGACGCAGCGUACACUGUGUUGGGAGAUCUGGAGGGAGUUAUUGUGCUUCAGUUGGGACGAACCACUCGCAGUGCAGACGCUGCAGCUGCUUAUUGACGUAACUCAGUGGGACGACUCGGAUGAAUUCGCGCUUGCAAAUGGCGUGGAAGACGAAAUCCUGCAGUUAAUCGCGUUCGUGUAUGCUAAUUUGCCUCUAUCGCUUAAGGAUGUGUGCAUGGAUCAAGUGACUGCAAUUAUCGACAUGAUCAGUAGCGAAGGUCCAGGGCAUCAGUUCAAUCAGCGCGUGGCGUCGCAAGUGCAUUUGCUCGAGAAGCUAGUAGCUGCUCAGUUCCUGAAAGAGUACGACGGACCGAUGAAGGAUGAGUGGAUUGCCAAGUACCUUCCCAUGUGUUUUGAAUGUUGUGGCACAGUUCUUGAGCUUUUAUCAGCCGAAGGAAAAACUUCUACAUCGAACAGUGACACUAUACUUGGAAUGGUACGCGUGCUGGACAUGUGUUUGAUGGUGUUGAGAGGGGUGUUCGACGACAACGAGCCCAAGCAAGAUGACAUCGCCGAGCUGUCGGUCAUUUUAGUUCGGAUGUCCACCGAGGCGUUAUCACAACUAGCGAAGCAUUUCAAAGCCACGAGUACUUCUCAACCUGGUGUACAAGCCAGUAGAAAACACACAAGUCGAAGCGUAAAACUGAAAAAAGCUGGAUCUCGCUGCAUCGGGCGGGCUAUUGAGACUUCGUUGUAUCUACUUUCGAAGCUUGGGCCGGUUCUCAAAGCGAAUAUAAACAACCAGUGCGCGCAAGUGACGAAGGAUCUCUUCACGCUUAUCGACAACACGCAGACUGCUGCAAUCGACACUUUGAUAGUCACGGCACGGUUUAUUGGCGUUUGUUUGUUCGACAUGCAAGUUGCUAGCGAUGACAUUGCUGUUGUGUCGCAAUUGCUACUCGCUCUGUUCCAAAAACUCUUCGCUGGAACCCGCACUGCUGGUCCCCAGGCGACGUUGCUGCUUUCAGUGUGUCUUGAUGCUCUGUACGAGUUACUGGCGCACUCAAACAUUGUGGAGCAGUCUGGCACACCAUUGAAGACGCUUCUUACUGGAAAUCUCAAGCAGUCGUUCAUACAGAUCGUGUCAAUGCGGAAACUCAGUGCUGCAGAUGUUGCCAAUGCGUUGGAGGCAUCUCAAUCCAGCACACUCCAGUCUCUCAAGAAGAAUCAGAGCUCCUGUUAUCGCAUCUUUAGGGACCGCUUUCCCGAUGAGUCUGCUGGAUUGUACGCAGAACCUGACCAGAACCAAGAUAUCUCCAGCAAACGAUCAGCAGACGACUCAUCGGGCACGUUGCCGCAGAAGCGUCACAAACUCAGUCAUUUUGUGUCAUUGUGCCGAGAAAUUGAGUCCUCCUUGUCCUCCAUUGAGAGCGACGAGGCUGCUGCGAACAUAUUAUCUGGAAAGGAGCUAGAAGACGCCACCGCAGUGCUUCACAAACUCCUCACAAAAACCAUCACGUUGUAUUGAUCACUACAACAAAAGAGGACAAGAUGGUGGCAGGCUAUCAUCUGCUCUGUCAGGCUAUACAACAAGCUCUCAACGAUAAGUUCGGCCAAAUCUCUGGAAGAAGCUCGGCUCGAUCUUGCCGCGUGCCCGGUCAUCGUUGGAUUUCUCGCGUUCGGCUGCCUGUUUGGCCUGCUGCUGCUGGGCGGCACGGACUUCCAUUUCCAUCUGCGCUCGUCGUUGUUGAGUGAGAUACUCUUCGUAUGCGAGUGUACGCUGUAUCUCGCGCUGGUUUCUGGACUCCUCCUCGACCUGCUCGCGUUCCUGCUGUCUGCGCCGAGCGUUGUCAGCCAUAAUGUCGUCAUUCUGUCGAAGAUAAUACUUGGUCUGCUCUCCAGAGAGCCCUUUCCAGUGGUCUACGCGGACUCGGUGGUCCAGAGACACCCCAGGAAGCGUGGCUUGCAGUGGGUUCUCGCUCACGAGAUUGCUCUCAAGCGUGAGCUGGAUCUCGCGAGCGUUCUCUUCCUGCUCCUGUCGACGACGAUCGCUCUCAUCUUGACGCUGCUGAGCUAGAAGACGCUGGUUGAACCGACUGAUCUCUGCCGCUGCUGCUGCUCGUUCGCGUUCGUUGCCUUCGUGCAGUUCCUGCAUCAAGCGCUCGAUCUCGAAGAGCUGAGCCAUGUACGCGGCCAUGUCUGCAUUUUCCUUUGUAUUGCGCUGAGCAUCUUCAGCCAUCUUCUGUAUCGACCACUGCUUCAUCUGCAUCGCCUGCAACCGGAUACGUUCAAGUCGAGCGAGAUCUUCGCCGUCGAACUUCUGUGCUGCUCCUUGAGCGCAAGUGUCGGGAUCGAUACUCAAGGCUCGAAGCGCGAUAUAUUCCGCACGAGCCUCACGUAUUUUGGCAGUCUGCAGAUCCCAGUCAUUGCGCAGUGUCAAGAGCUCUCGACGCUUUGCCAGCGCGUCUUCCGACUCGACCUGGAGCAAAUAACGUCGGAUAGCUGCGUCCUCCUCUUCACUGACGCGUUUGGCUUCACGAUCUGCUUCGUUCUGACGUUCUCGCUCCUCGAUUUGGUUCUUUACACCGACGAUAUCCGCCUGGAAAAAGAAUACAUUUGAGUCCUGAAACAUUGAGAAUGAGAACAUUGAAAAACGUACCCCAAUGCUGCGAAGACGACCAGGUCCCAGCUUCUUAUAACGUUCGAUUUCGCGCUGACGUCGAGCCUCAACUCGUAGCUCUUCCUUAUCUUCAGGUGCCGAUGGCGGCGGCAUCGUCCCUACCACCAUUGUUGAAGUUCCUCCUGCGUACUCCUAGGCUUUACGUCUUCUGUCCACAGGCCUUGUUGAAUGUGGUUUCGCUUCUUGGUUUCCUGUUGCCAUGGGAUGCCCCAAAAUUGUAUUCCUGCCAUGACCAUUUUUAGUGUCAGAUCCAUGAUACAACAAAACGAACCGUGUUCAAAGUGUGUUGAACUCCUAUUUACAUGUUAGACUGGGAUGCCAGCUAAAGGUAAUUCGCUGGAGCGAAUCAAUAUAUUGUUUGUGUGAGUUU